CGAGCGAAGCGCCGGCGUGGCCCCUGCGCGCGUCCUCCUUCCCGCGGCCCUCGGAGACCGCGCUCGGCCGCUGCAGAGCCGCGAGCUACAGAAUGUCCGAAGGUGACAGUGUUGGAGAUUCCGUCCAUGGGAAGCCUUCUGUGGUGUACAGAUUCUUCACACGACUCGGACAGGUCUAUCAGUCCUGGCUGGACAAGUCGACACCGUACACAGCCGUGCGAUGGGUGGUGACGCUGGGCCUGAGCUUUGUCUACAUGGUUCGGGUUUACCUGCUGCAGGGCUGGUACAUCGUGACCUACGCCUUGGGGAUCUACCACCUGAACCUUUUCAUAGCUUUCCUCUCUCCAAAAGUGGACCCUUCUUUAAUGGAAGAUUCAGAUGACGGCCCCUCAUUACCAACCAAACAGAACGAGGAGUUCCGGCCGUUCAUUCGAAGGCUUCCAGAGUUUAAAUUCUGGCAUGCGGCCACCAAGGGCAUCCUGGUGGCUAUGGUCUGCACCUUUUUUGAGGCAUUCAACGUCCCGGUGUUCUGGCCCAUCCUGGUCAUGUACUUCAUCAUGCUCUUCUGUAUCACAAUGAAGAGGCAGAUUAAGCACAUGAUAAAGUACCGGUACAUCCCAUUCACACACGGCAAGAGGACAUACAAGGGGAAGGAGGACGCGGGCAAGACGUUUGCGAGCUAGACCAGCUGACUGGCCGCCCCUCGGAGCCCUCGCCACGCGGGUUUGAGCCAUUGUAACAGCGCCUUCUUUCUUCACAUAAAGUAGUUGAUGGCAAGGGAGUUGGAUUUUCUUUUUAAAAAGGAGCUUCAAUUGUUUGUAACUGAAAUAUCAGGUUUUCGAAGAAACUGGCACUUAAACUGAAUUGCAUUGAUUUAUUUUUCAGUGAUGCCAGGUGUUUAAAAUGGACAGAAUUAGUCAGUCACAGGCGGGGCAGUCGAGGGUGCUGGGGGCGCGGAAGGACCUUCCCGAGGAUGACCUGGUCCUGUCGCCUGCAGCACGAGGCUGCCUGAGCCUGCGUUGGAGAAGCAGCGUCGGGAAGGUUCCGGUAGCCUGGGCCUCAGCCCACUUCCCAGCUCCACCCCUCGAGGUUGCGCAUCGGCCUCUGACUGGAAACCUAGCCA